AUGGAUUUAAUCGCCGUCUGCACCGAGUCUGGAAGUGUUUGGGUAGCGAGGUGGUAUAAUGCCCUGGAAAAAAUUUGGACUUUGCCUCCUAGUCAAGACAGAGAGGAAACUGUUGAAGUUUUCACUUGGAGACCCGAUGGAAAAGUUAUUGCUAUCGGGUAUUCAAACGGAAUAAUACGACUUUAUAAUGUGGAUAAAUUAGAAAUGAUUCAUGAAUUAUUCCAAAAACCACUCAAAUCAUCAUCGUCAAAAUCUUUUGCAAUAAAUUUUCUUUUUUGGGUACAGGAAACCAAAAAAGACCCGGAAAACAUAAAUGACACGACAAAUGACUUUUCGAUGAGUGCCCACCCUGUUCAGAAAUAUUUGCCUCGAUUAAACACGAUGCCACAUGCAAAACCGAUUAGCAAACUCUUGGGUGACUUAAAUGGAUCUGAUGAAGACGAUUUGGAUGAUGGAUCAUCCGGAUCAAUCGAUUUGCUUCUAGCAGGUGAUGCGGGCGGAAAUUUGCAUUUGAGCGUAUACGGAAUAUAUAACUUACAACCAAUAUCUUUAUCUCAACAUAUUCAAAUAAAGGUGAGCUUUAUUAAAUCUAAAGUAUCUAUUAAUUUUGAAAUUCGUAAAUUGCUGAUUUUAUUUGACACAGAUGAUUGCUCUACUUCUUCAGCAGGCGUUGAGUCGCAUACAGAUCGGUUAUGUUUCGUUACCUUUAAUACGGGCUUAUUGUACACGCAAAAACUUGAAAUUCGUACUUUAUCUCAGAGAUAUACUGCAAUCAAAUAUUUGACCGAUUAUAUAUUUAAAGGAAUCAAACAAAUUGAAUCAGAGUAUCAAGAUUUGAAAUUUUUGACAAAUAAAUUUGUUGAAUCCUUUCAAGAGGAAGCAAAAUCAAAAUUGUCAGCGGAGUUUGUCCGUUUGUUGGCUACCGGGAAACCAAGUGCUUUAAUUGAUGAAUACAUGCAAUCUCACCUCACAAAACGGGCGUUGAAAGAUUGGGAAAGCAAGGGUCAGAAAACAUUCGAUCAAAUUAGAGAAUAUAUAAAUCAUUAUGUGCGUAUAGGGUGUGAAAGACUAAUGAUAGAAUUGAAUGCAUUAGUUGGAUGUAGUAAAUGGCCUCAAAAAUUUCAAAAGCUCGGACUCGAUGAACCGUUUAUUCAUUCUUGUGUGAUCUUGGCUGGAUGCAUAAUUUCACGUUUGGAGAAAUUAAAUUCGGUCAUCGACGAAGAAUACAUAAAUUUUCUAGAGUUUCAUCAAUGGCUUCAAUUUGAAUUUGAUAAUAUAACAUCUCUUGAACAAAACACUAAUCCUGAAGCUUCACCUCGAGUGGAUGUUCACAAAGUCUCUUCAUACAUAAAAAAUUCACUUGGCAAAGAUUUCUUAAAUAAUUUGGAAAAGUUCUUCGUGGAUGAUCGACAGUCUUCAACAAUAUCAUUACCUACAUUUGAAUUUCCGUUUUCAUCAUAUAGCUCCUUAGACAAUUAUAACCUUUUUCAAUAUAACUCAUCACAAAGUAACGGGUUGCCAGCAUAUCCGUACGAUUAUCUUUCUUCUAACAGUGCAUUUCAACACGCACCAAGUUUUGAAUCUUUUAUUAACGAAUUGAUUAACCGGUGUGACACUCUAUCUUCUGCAACAGCAGAUAAUGUUGCAAAAUCUGUUAAGGCGCAUGAACUUGUGGAUAUAGUCGAGGGCACUAAUUGUUGUAUCGAUAAUGCAUUUUUGGCAGAUAUGAGAAUCGUAGCUGAGGACUUUGGGACAAAUGCAUACGUAAUAUUUUAUUUAUCACAAGAUCGUAAUGUUUCUCCAACAUUGUGGGUCCUCCGAUUUCCUUUGUAUGCAAAUACUUUCAAAAGUCAUACAUUAUCUUCAAAAUUUACCGAUAACACCUUUAGAAACAAAAACGGUGAGAUUGCCUGUAUCCAGUUAGUGAAUAACGAACAUCCCAAAGAAUACUUGUCGAUUACCGAUUUGAACCUUUAUGAUGAUGAAAGCUUAUACAUGAUUGUAAUUGGAUCAGAAUACGAUGAGCCAAUUCUCUUGACAGAAGUGAAAUGUACAGAAUUGAACUUCAUAUCGAUCCCAAAACCAUAUGACUUACAGUCUACAAAUGAAUUCAAGUUGCCGAAUGUCAUUAACCAAGUGUGGGACCGAAUGAGUGAUGGAAAUUUUACAUCACUUUUAGUUCAACGAUUCCGUGAUCUCACUCAUUUUAAACCAUUCCAACUAACUACAAACGGUGCAAGAGGGUUAAUUGGUGCACUUAGUAAUGAUAAGAAAAGUAUUAUUAUAUUUGAUACGAACGAAGAAGAUGUAGAUGAUGUGAAAGAGGAUGAUGAAAACAUAAAAAUGAUGGAAGAGUAA